AGUAUACUUAUAUAAGCAGACAGCGACCAAGGAGAAGGGUAGUGAAGAGGUCAACGAUGAAACUGACCGCAUUCGUCUGUUUGCUGACUUUCUGCUGGGUUGAAGCUUCGGUAUCGAGGCCGACGCCAACGCGCCAUUUUGACCAUUAUGUCCAGCUGGAUGCCACUGGUCAGUACUGGCUAUUUUGGACCACCAAUGACACUCACGUGACCUUUGAGACUCACGUGAACACGCAGGGAUAUAUUGGAUUCGGAAUCUCCCCGAAUGGCAAGAUGUUCCCUGCUGACGUCAUCGUGGGCGGUGUCAAGGACGGCCAAACCUACUUCAAGGACUAUCACACCACUGAACAUGCCCCACCGGUCGUUGACCAAUCACAAGACUGGUUUCUCAUCGCUGGCAAGGAAACCGCUUCCGGUACUGUCCUUACCUUUGUGCGCAAACUCAACACAUGUGACAGUGCUGGUGAUAUGGUUAUUACGGAUGACACAACCAGGAUUAUCUUCUCCUACCACCCGGACGAUGUGACGAGUUAUAUCCCCUACCACGGCGCCACCAGGCGGGGAACGAAGAGCGUCAUGCUAUUAUCUUCUUCUCUGACAGCCGAUGAUGUCAAUAUACCUAGUGACACAGUCACGUUUGACUUCGUUCAUGACAAUUAUCACGUUCCGUCUGACACCACGACCUACUCGUGUCGAGCAUUUAAGUUACCUCCCUUGGCUUCAAAACAUCACAUGAUCAAGUACGAACCAAUCGUAACACCCGGGAACGAACUAAAUACUCACCACGUGCUCAUCUUUAAAUGUCCUAAACCAGCGUCUGAACUAGCCUCAUACGAUGGCGCCACCUUUCGGUGCGAAAAGCACGCCACCGUACCGGAAGCACUUCAUGAUUGUAUUACCCAGGUCGUUGUAGCAUGGGCCAUUGGUGGAGAGGCGUUUUACUACCCCCCUGAUGCCGGGUACUCUCUCGGUUCCCAUGGUGAUCCAGAUUUCUUUGUGAUGGAGACCCAUUACGACAAUCCAAUGGCUAAAGCGGAUAUUGUCGAUAGUUCCGGUAUCCGAAUCACCAUGACUCCAACACUCCGAACACACGACGCCGGAUUACUACAAAUUGGAUUAGCUGUUGGUAAAAACCACAUUAUCCCUCCUUUUGAACCCGCCUUUGUCUCUGAAGGAUUUUGUCCCUCUGAACUUCUGGGGAAGGGAGUACCAACAGAGGGAAUAGAAGCAUUCGCUAUUCUACAACACUCCCAUCUCUUGGGGAAGGAAAUGACCACACGUCACUAUCGGAACGGAAGGGAAAUCAAACCAUUGGCAACCGACAAGCAUUACGAUUUUGACUUCCAAGACAUGCGCUAUCUUCCAAAGAAAAGAAAGAUAUUCCCGGGUGACAAGCUGGAAGUGAAAUGUGUUUACGACACCAGACACAAACGGGGAUUAACCUUUGGAGGUCUCUCCACCGAAGAGGAGAUGUGUUUGUCCUUUAUCGCCUACUAUCCACGUAUGCACCUGGAGUUAUGUCAAAGUCUUCCACUCUAUAACACCGUAACACCUGAUUAUACAAAAAGUGUGCCUAUUCUCAAAUCAUGGAACUGGACGGACCCAACCGUUCGGUCAAAGUUCAGGACAGCUCUAGACAACUCAAUGCAUUAUCACUAUGGUAUUGGAGACAACCAGGAAGUCAGUGGAAACGUAAUGACAACAGAGCACGCGACAAACUACCCGUAUGUUGAACCAGAGGACACCACAUGCCACUAUCACUCCGGUCCGCUCUCAGGUCUUGGCUUCCUGGGCAAGAAGUGAUUACAUUUAUGACCUUUGCGAAAGUGACUUUAAUUUCAACAUAGGAUGUCCGUCUCGACUGACAGGAUGGAUCGUUAAUAUAAGUUAUAUUCAAAGUUAGGGAAUAUCUAUAUCUUGUUGAACUAUUUUGAGCUACGCCUUGAUUACAAAUCAUUUCAGGUGAUUUUUGUUGAUAUUAGCCACUGUAAACAGAAAAAAACUGUAUGAUCCAUAUGUGACAGUUAUUUCCGAAUAAACAAAUUAAUAAACUA